CUCAUCGUCUCCCCGCCCACCUCAUCCUCCGCAUCCGCCUGCACCAUCCCAGCACCCGCUGACCCGCUCACUCAAACUGACUCGCAUCCUGUCUGCGCUCGUCUGCACCACCCCUAAAUCGGCCCUUCCUGCCGUGUUCCCGACGGCGGUUCUUACCCUCCAUGUCCUCAGAUACUGCCCGGGAGGCCACAGACGCAUUCCGGCGCCAUGAUUUCCACUCGGCAUUUGCCGGUCUGCAACAGCUUCUAUCCUCCAAGGAUCCUCCCGACCACCGCGUCCUGCACAACUUGGCAGUCCUCGAGUUCUACAGCCAGAAUACCGAGUUUGGCAUUCCCUUCCGGAAUCCCGAGCGAGACCUGCCACACAGCACAACUGCCAAGCCGUCCUGCGAUGAGAUGGCCGAGCUCGUCUCUGUGCUCGGCCAGCUGCGUCUCUUGGCCUGCAAGCCGACGCAUGCUAUAGAGCUGAGCCUCGACAGGAUUCCGCUGACCCGAUCGCAUGCAUCCGUCGACUCGCUCGAGAGCCUCAGCCAGAGACACAGCCGGCAGCCCAGCACGGCCAGCAUCCCAUCGCCAGUCGAUCUCCUUGCCGAGCGCGAUCCGCUCUCGGCGCAUUUCGAUACCAGUGACCACGAUGCCGAUACAGAUGCCGACGACGACCAUCUAACGCAGCUGCCGGCCCUGACGCCGCUGCUCCAAGAUCAGGGCUAUCUCCUCUACAACCAGGCGUGUGUUCUCUAUCGGCUCGGGCGGUACGCGCAGAGCUACCGAUUGCUCGACUCGCUGCACCAAGUUAUUCCGGUUCUCGACUCGGAUAUAUCCGCCCACAUCCGCACGCUCGCCAUUCGGGUUCUGCUCAAGCUUGGGAUGAAGACCGAGGCCCUCGGGCAGCUCCGGGCGUAUGCGGGAUGGGAUAGUAGGGUGCACGGGCUGCUCCUCUCCGGCUCAGGGGCCCCUUCAUCGCCUUUGCCCAUCGAAGAUCACCGCCGCUUGGACGACGGGCUUGCGCUGGAGUCAGGUUCUGCGCCCGCCCCGGAAUCUCGAUACGGCCUCGCCUCGGCCUCGACCCCGGCCUCAGCUCCGGCUUCGAGCGACCAGCUUACCGAUCCCUCCGCACCGCUAUCGGCCCUGUCUGCCCAACUUGCUUUUCUCGAGCUGCAGGCGCAAGUAUACUUGACCGGCGAUGCCAGCCAGGCCGACGAAGCCAUCGACAGGUUGACCCAGUUUGCGGAUUCGCAGCAGCUUGAAACCGACACGACCGAUGGCUCCAGCGCCGUCCCAUCCAAUGUGUUGCAGCGACACAGCGAGCUCGUUCAUCGGGCCCACGUCUCAGGGCUGUUGCUGAGGGCCCAGCUCGAGUACCGACACAACAACCAUCGGGCGAGUCGCGAGCUCCUGGUCCGUGCUCGCGAAAACGGAUACGGCUCCCCGGCCGAGUUGCGAGUCUUCUACAACAACCUGGGCUGCCUGAGCUUCAAAUCGAGCCAAUAUGCUCUCGCCUCGCUCAUGUUUUCCAAAGCACUUCACGAAAACCAGCAGUGUGCGGCGCUUCAGCGUGCACGGCUUGCUACAAGAUAUCGCCCGAGCCCUGGCCCUGCUGUCGACGACCGCGAAGAAUGGGAGAUUCAAUUCGAUGAGGAGCAGGAGCGCGAGCGCCGCGAACAGACUGGCCAAGAGUCUUCGACGAUGAGCGAUCCCAUGAGCUCCUCGGUACAGACCCUCGAGACCGCCUCUCUGACGCAGGAUCUCACAGUCCCACUCACCCCCACAGACGACCCACCGAAUCCCGAACCUGUUUCGGAGGACCUCUGGCAUUCCUGCCACCACGAGCGACUCGAGAUUGUCUACAACCUCGGGAUUCAGCGUCUGUUUGCAAACGAACCGCUCAAGGCGCGGCAAUGCUUUGAGGUGGUUGUGUCGACACUCGAGGCGACUCGCAAGCCUACAGCACCCGACGAAGCCGGCCCCUCGGUUGACCCUGAGGCGUCUGCAUCCAACGGCGAUGAAGGCUGGGUGGACCUGCGACUCGCGUCGGCAUGGUAUCGUCUUGGAGAAUGCAUCAUCCACAUCCAUGCCCGCAAGAAGCCGCAUGUCGAGCGAGAGAUCUCUCUUGGGAGCUUCAAGAUCCGACGGAUGAUUCCCAAGGGCUCAAGGGCCCCAUGGAGUCACCAAGAUCCCAAGCUCUCCCUUCCUUAUGCCUCUUACUGCUUCCAGAAAGCUGUAUCGCAUCUGCCAAGCUACGGCUCGAUUGUGCGGUCGAUGGGAGAGGGACCAGUCGACUCCGGCCGUGAGCGACGCUCCUCGCUCCAGGAUGUGCGGACACUCUGGAUCGUCGUGUUGACCUCUGCGUGCUACGCGCUGCUGGAGCUCGAGGAUUAUGCGGGAGUGCUCCGGAUCGCCGAACAGAUCGCAACAACGGGCCGAGAAGAUGCGAUCCUGGCCCGCAACUCGAGCCAUCUCGAUCCAGAAGAUGUUGAGUCGGCCUCGGCCCAUUUCGAGUUUCUUCGGAUUAUCAGAUCCAUCUCUCGGCUCUACGCCUGCCAAGCACAUGCCAUGCAGCUCGAUCUGAAGCAGGCCUUUGCUGUGCUCGCCGCUCUGGAAUCCGAUCUGGACCGGGUAGCCGCUGCCACCACCACUACCACCACUGCCACUUCCACCACCCCGGGAAAUACCCUUAGAACGCCCUCACUCUCGGAUCUCCUCAAGGUCACGCGGGAGUGCCUAGAUUGCUACCGGUCCCUGCUCGAGCGGCUCUCUGAUACAUCGGGGCGACUGGCGAGCGACCCGAUCCAAGUCCAGCCCACGACCCCUGCCGGACCCACAGGGACGGCCCGAACGAGCGAGCGGGCCAAGUACGUGGCCGAGCUGCGACAGACCCUUGCUCGACUCAAAUCCAUCUCGAUCCCAGAGGCGAUCCAGCUUCGCAAGUGGAUAGUGCUAUCCAUCGGACAGUUUUGAAUAUCCUUCCUCUUCCUCCUCUUCCUCCUCU